AUGGAUCGUCAUCCUUUCCGACCAGCACACCUCCACGUCAUUUCAAGGAUGCUGGUAGAGCGACGAGGAGAUGCACGGGCCGGUCUCGAGUUUGAGAACGAUAUCAAGACGGUGAAAGCUUCUUCUGCAUUCAAAGUGGAUCUAGAACUACCUAGGUUUAUGGGAAUCCUGCGGAGGCGACUUCGCUUGCUCAACCUUGCCGAAAGAGCUUCUUAG